UAGCGUCAAAUAGGCAUAAAGGUUGAAAAAUAUGGCCGCAGUUUUUAAUAGAACUAGAUCUACACUGACUACACUUAACACUAGAGUCUAUGAAACUUGAUCGCAUUGUCGACUUAGUACCGAAUUUAGAUUAGAUUGGAGCUAAAUAUACAUUUAAACUCCCAAAUCAAUUUGUAACAAUAGAAGCAGAUCUAUUAAAUCUAAUGAAAAUUAUGUAGAUCUAAAAAGUUAAAAUUUAACUCAAAUAAUCUAGCAAGAGUUGAAGAGAAGAGCAAGAGUCGAUCGAGUCUAUCUUUCUCAACUUUCUGAGUUUCUCAUGGUCAACUCAAUGUAAACUGACAACUCUGAUAAAAAUCAAUCAUUCAAUGUUCUAACCUAAAGAAGACAAUGUCCACCAAAAAGAAAGACAGAGAUCUUGGGAAAGCCAAGCUUGAUUUAAAUGCCCAUGAAAAAUUCCUAGAAGAGAGAGUCAAACAGUACAAAGAAAAACUAGAAGCUCAGGCCAAGGCUACAACCACUAGCAAACCUCCAUCUGCAUCUGAUACUAAUACAGCACGUUUACUAGGUAAAUCUUCCAGUGCUAAUGUGGUCCCCAAAAAAUCAUCCAAUUUGUUUAACAAUGAUGGCAGUUUUAUGGAUCAGUUUAAAAAACUAGUUGGACAAGAUAAAGGUAAAAAGGGGGCAGCAUCAUUAGAAAGCAAAGCCUUACUUCAGACCAAAGUCAAGUCUGAAGUAUCAGUAACUACUAAAGUUGAUAGUGUCAAAUAUCAGAAGCAGCCUGGGCCAGCUAUAGUUUUACCAUCCUUUAAGCUAAAAGACCCUUCUCAGUUUGAUGGAAAAGAUGAUGCAAAACAAGAAGCAAAAUCCAGUGACAGUGAAAGUCUCCCAUCUUCUGCAAUGGGUACCUUUGGUCCACACAAACAAAGCCCUCCUUCCCCACAAGCUAAUUCCUCAUCAGGUACUGUUGCGACAUCUGUCACCUCUCAGCCUGUCAUCAAAAAAGAACCUCCAGACUCUGCUUUUAAUGUGCCAGAAAAUCUAGCUCUAACUUCUGCAUUUCAGCCUCAAGAGACAACUGUAACACAGGAUUGGGGCCCCAGUAGUUCUCUCCAGCCACAUCCUCAAGCCCAACUAAUGGGGCACUAUACUCACACUGUGAUUCCAGAGACUGGGGCGCCCUUGCCACUUGUCCAAGGUGCUUCUCUACCCUUGCCACCUCCUUCGUUACUAGCACCCUCUCAGCUCACAGGCCCUCCACAAGCUAUGCCAAUUCAGAAUCAGACCAUAUCUUAUAUGUUCACGCAGCCUCCUCCAGCGAUCACCACAUACAGCCUUACUAAUCAUAUGCAAGCAAUGCAGAAUUCUGAAGUCAUACCAGGCCUUCCUAAUGAUGCCAAUUUAGUUAUGGUUACUAGUCCUGGUCUACUUCCAGCACCUCAGAACAUCCAGUCCACACUCUACAUCAAUACGCCACCACCAUCUGUUCCACAGAUACAGAAUAACAGUAUUGCCAUUCAUAGCUCUGGUACCUCACUGCAGAUAGUUUCAACUGUACCUGUACACAUACCCCCUCCAUCUGCUGGUAUCAGUUAUCAAUCAACACCUCCACCUACAAUUUUGCCUGUGCAGAAUCCUCCCGCUGGAGUUUACAGUGUCCUUUCAAUACCUCCAAAUCCCGGCACAAAUCUGUACACAAACCCACCCCCAACAUCCAGUUCCUCUUUAGUACUUCCUAUAUCUAGCUCUGGCCCAUUUGGUGCACCUGUUACUCAACUUCUUCCAUCUGUGCCUGUACCUCAGCCUCAGGGAAUCUAUGGUGGCCCUGUAGCCGUGCAGGGUGGAAUGUAUGGGCAGUUGUCUCUUGUUUCUCAUCCCCUUCCCUCUGACCCUAAUAUUUAUGGAGCACCUGUAGUUAGUACCAGUGCCAUGGGACAUUCAGAGAUUGGAAUGUAUGGCUCAUUAACAAGCAGUGCACCACCAGUUGCAACCAUGGGACAUACAGAAAUGGGAAUGUAUGGCCCUCUAACUACCAGUGCACCACCAGUCAGCACAAUGGGGCACGCAGAAAUAGGAAUGUAUGGCCCUUUGACCAGCCGAACAGCCAUUCAACCUAAAGGUGAAGAAUAUGACCCUGCUGCUCCUACUGAGGAUGCUGAAGGAUUGGGAAAUGGUAAUGAAGACUUACAGUCGCUGUCAAACAGUUCUAGCUCUCGAGCAAACAGUAUCUCUUUUGUUCUAUCUCAAAAGUCUUCAUUAAAAUCUACUUUGCCUCCAAGCGCAUUAAGUGGAGAUGGCAGCUCAUCAGUCUGUCCCCCAGAAGAUGAUGAAACAUUAAAGGUGAUUGAGCAGCUGGCAGUUCAAGUGAUGCUCUCAGGGCCACAAGCUGAACAGAGGGCAUUAGAAGAACAUGCUUCAGAUCCUCUCUAUUGGUUCCUGCAAAACAAAUCAAGUGAUGCAUAUAAAUAUUUUCUGUUGCAAGUAGAAAAACUAAUGAAAUCUUCAGUGAAGCAGGAACCAGCUGGUGAAGAUAUGAGUGACAGUGGUGGCUCCAGACAACCCUCACGGAAAAAAAGAAAAUCUCGAUGGAGUGAUGACAAAGCAUCUUUGGCUCAACCUGGCAUUGCUGCCCCAUCAUUAGCACCACCAGGAGUUGUUGUUCCUACUUUAGCAGCACCAAACUCAGGAGCUCCUAGUAUGCCAGGCAUUGUGACCAAUAUACAACUUGGUGGUGUGGCUACCAUAUUACCUCGUGCAUUACCACCAGCAUCUCAAAUACCAGUGCCAGGUUCGGCUAACAUGCAGAAUUAUGCCAGGAAAGUCAUUGGUAGUGACUCCAUAACUGAAGAGCAGCUGAAGCAAAUCAAAGAGCAGCAAGAGUUGAACUUUAUGUAUGAGCUUGUUAUGGCCCAGAAGAAGAUGCAAGAGCAAGCUCUGAUGGCUGAAAUAGAAGGGGUGAAGGUCAAAAGAAAAUAUGAGUAUGAUUCGGAUGAAGAAACUGAAGGUGGUACAUGGGAACAUAGACAAAGAGCUAAAGAAAUGGACGCAACAAAAAAAUGGGCUGAAAAGUUAACAUCUGGUGCUAGAGGAAAACAUUUUUUAGGUGAUUUUCUACCUCCUGAAGAAUUGGAAAAGUUUAUGGAAACUUUUAAAGCUUUAAAAGAGGGCAGAGAGCCUGACUACUCAGAUUAUAAAGAAUUCAAACUGACCUGUGAGAAUAUGGGCUACCAAAUGUUAGUUAAACUUGGAUGGAAGGAAGGCACUGGACUGGGAGCUCAGGAACAAGGCAUAACCAAGCCUGUUAAUAAGGGCAAUACAUCUGUUGAAGGAAGAGGUUUAGGCAUUGAAAGACCAGCUGAAUUGACGAAAGAUGAUGACGAGUUUGACGCCUAUCGCAAAAGAAUGAUGUUGGCUUAUAGAUUCAGACCCAAUCCUCUGAACAAUCCAAGGCGUCCAUAUUACUGAUGUUUUAGUCUAGCAGCACUAGCCAUGCAAUGUGUGUAUAUAUUUGAAGUUGUUUAUUGAAUGCUUUAGUUUUUUUGUCUUGUUGCAAAAAUGUUUCAAAGGCUUGUUUCUUGUUCUUAUACUCAUUUCUAAUGCUUAUUGUUAAAAUUGAAGGGCAUAUUGGAUUUAUUUUAGUACUAUUAGGUAACAUAUUUGUUUCAAUUUUAGUUUAGUCUCCACAGCUGAGCAUUUUAACUUUUGUCUUACUGAAUUAAAACCUUAAACAAAGACAGCUGUCUAAAAAAGCUAAAAAAAAAAUGUCUGCUGUAUAUAUUUUAUGUUUAUUACAAUCAUUUUUUAACUGGAUAUUUUUGUUUGCAAAAAAAAAAAUGAAGCCAAGCUCUUUUUUUUUAUUUUUAUUUUUAAUAAUUAAAUAAUAAUAAUUAAGUAUUAUAAAAUGUAAAGCUGUUUUCCUAAUGUGCCUCAGGAACUUAAAGUAGGGAUUCAUAUGAAGUGAAAAUAUUGUACAUAACUAGUUCAGUUUUAAGUGUGUGUGCAUUCCUGUGUUGAAAGUGAGUAAACAUACAUUUAUAUUAAUUCACUGAAUAAAAAUAAAUUUCAUGAUCAAGUCUAAGGUGAAUGCACAACAAA